UAAAUAGGGAUGAUUUUGACAUUCUAAAAUGGUGGAAGAACAACGCUGCUAGAUUCCCAAUAUUGGCAAGAAUGGCCCGUGAUGUGUUGGUUGUUCCGGUAUCAACGGUUGCGUCUGAGUCAGCAUUUAGCACAAGUGGUCGCAUCCUAAAUGAAUUUAGAACCUCCCUUACACCAUUCAUGGUCCAAGCUCUUGUUUGUGCCCAAGACUGGCUAAGGGGUUCUAUUACUGUCAACAUUGAAGAAGAUGAGGAGGAAUUGUUAAGAUUGGAAAAGGAACUAAUUGAAGAGUUUGGUAGUACAAAUUCAUCCAAAUCGAAAGCAAGUAGUAGCAAGUCUGUUUGCAAGCCAUCUGGGGCUGAGCCAAUCUUGCCCACCUCCAUCCUCUACUUAAACAUUGAUUGGCUCACUUGGCUGGAACUUGGAAUGGUCAAGAUGCUCAUGUUUAUGAUGGCAAAUUGGGAGUCUUACUGUUGGCUGCUCUUCAACUUCAAGUGCAAAUCUAUUGUCAUUUAUCACUAUCAGUUUGUGUUGUUGAACACUUGAACUUGGACUUUGGUUAUGUCUAGUGCUGGAACUUGGACUACCAGUUUGUCACUAUGUGUUAUUGAACUUGGACUUGGUUAUGUAUUGUGCUGGAACUUUGGUUAUGUCUCUG